UCGAUGCGCGAGAUUCAACACUACCUGACACGCAUACGUCGUGCCUACCUGAGUGUAUCAGACGACAAAGGCCAUCACAAACCCUCACUCGCCUCCCUCUCCUCCGUCGCUUCAUCCUCCACAGGCGAGAUUCAUCAUCUCACAGACAAGCAGCGUGAUGAAAUUGAUUAUGAAGUCAAAACAAGUCUACGCGAUGCUCUCAGUCGCGUUCAAGCGCUUGAGUCCGUUGAAUCGAAACGUCGUGCACAACUGGAAGGUACCUCGCGUUUUGCAAGAUGGUUGCGGGAUCCAGAUGUCGAUGCACAGGCUGCUCAACUCGGUGCGCAUCAUGUCUCUAUGACGUGGUAUCUCAAUCACUUCCUGGUAGGUCUCUCCAAUCAGCAUGCAGAGCAACGGACCAUUCGCUUUGAACGGGAGGAAGAGAAGCGACGACUGGCAAUGCCGUCUUCGAAGCGCUUUCAAGCGCCUGCGUACGGGUAUACCCUUGAUCCAGCAGAGCAAGCGGUCUCUGAGCAAGAAACAGAAGCUGCCUUACUAGAAACACUCUUGAGUCCUGCACAGCUACAGCAGUUUGAGGGAGAAAACACCAAGAUGAUGCAGGAGUUUGAGAAUAGCUUACAGCAGAUUCGCACAACGCAGGCGAAACUUGCAGAGAUUGCGGAACUCUCGACAGAGUUGCAGCGACACUUGGAACAGCAAACAGAUAUGACGGAUCGGCUGAUGGAAGAUGCGACAUUCACGUCAAUGACGGUGCGUCAGGGCAAUGAACAGCUUGGCAAAGCAAGAAAACGAAAUGCAUGGUAUACCAAGUUUGUGGUGACAAUCUUGCUUGUCCUUAGCUUUGUCUUGCUCUUCUUGGACUAUUAUGCUUCAUAA